CACCGAUGUUCUUCUGCUUUGGGGAUCUGCCAAGACCUUCGAGACGCGAAUGGGAAUUGGCCCACAAUGUCGUCGAUCAUAUCUCGGUUCUUACUGCUAAUUAUGGGGUUUUCUUUUGCAACUCUUUGUUUUUCCCUCCACUAGAAAUAUGCAUUUUUGCCAAGCCAAACCUGUCUGUUACAGCUGCAAGGCGGGAGAACAAAACAACAAAACAUUCUCAAGCCAGCCUGGGGAAGGGGGCGAAAAGAAAGAAAAAAAGGGAUGGCAGCUCGCCAAUCCGCAUCUGCCUGCCCUCAAACGAGAGCCUGCCUGUAUUGGAUCGGAAAAGAGGCGCCAAGAGCAGAUUGCCGCCCACAUGUUUAAUGUUCCACGAAGCGCCGGCAUCACAAUCAAAUCAACACACACAACACACAGACAACGCUCUCCGACGUAUGACAUGUUGAUCCUGUUCCUGAUAAGCCUACACCCUCAUUCAGAUAGAAGGAUCUGAGAUCUGCCAAUCCCUUUUUCAAAGUCGUUCGCUCCUACAUGGUAACCUGGCGCGGGCAUGGUCCGUAAGCAUUCAUCGGCAUGUAAGCAUGCUGCUCUACGUUAAAGUCAAGGCAAACCCGCAAUGGAUUAUUCAAUGUUCAGACCACCAUUCAAGGUAUGGUAGCAAGGUAGAUGCCCUUCGCUUAGAAGGAUGAGAGUGGAUGAAGCUGGUCUGUGUUCUAUAGACUUCUCCAUCCGCGCCGUCCAGCCGGUUCGGUCAUCCUUUCGUUUUCGUUACCCUGUCUUGCCUGUUCAUGCCGCUUCUGCCCCUCCUGUUGCCUGCCUUGAGCUGCAACUUCGUCUGAUAUGCCUCAGCGCGUCAAAAUCCUUAUUUAGUCAUUGCCUCUGGUAUCUCGGUACGAUGGGUUGUAUGCACGGACAGGUGCCCAUGGAGCCCUGUUGUUAUGCCGUGAGUUUCUACAGCGGGUCUUUUCCCAUCUCCAUACUGUUACACGUGCAUACUCUGAAGCUUAGGGCUAAGUUGGGAUUCCAGCUAUCGGCUUCCGCCGCUAUAACUCAUUUGGGGUAA